GCAGAGGCGACCGAGGGGCUGGUCCAGGCGCGGCCGCUAAGAGGAGACCAAGAGGCGGGGGCUGCACUUGACAACCAGCAUGCCGAGAUGGCACGCUUUAUGCCCUCCCCACCUCCGAACUGCCUCAGUUACAAAGCAGAGGGCAGGCUUGCUGAUCAAGACUGGCAGGCGCAUUUCAAGGUCCCAUGCUGCGGGGUGGAUCCCUCUCAACUUGAGGCCAUCCGCUGCACACUGGUAAACUGCACGUGUGAGUGUUUCCAGCCUGGGAAGAUUAACCUGCGGACGUGUGAUCAGUGUAAACAUGGCUGGGUGGCGCACGCCUUGGAUAAGCUCAGCACACAGCACCUGUACCACCCCACUCAAGUGGAGAUCGUGCAGUCCAAUGUGGUGUUUGACAUCAGCAGCUUGAUGCUCUACGGGACACAGGCGGUGCCAGUGAGGCUAAAGAUACUGCUGGACCGGCUCUUCAGUGUCCUGAAGCAAGAGGAAGUACUGCACAUAUUACAUGGCCUGGGCUGGACCCUGAGGGACUAUGUCCGUGGAUACAUCCUUCAGGACGCUGCUGGCAAAGUUCUGGACCGCUGGGCCAUCAUGUCUCGAGAAGAGGAAAUCAUCACCCUUCAGCAGUUUCUGCGGUUUGGAGAAACCAAAUCCAUCGUGGAGCUGAUGGCAAUUCAGGAGAAAGAAGGGCAAGCUGUGGCCGUGCCAUCUUCAAAGACAGACUCGGACAUACGGACUUUCAUUGAAAGCAAUAACCGCACCAGGAGCCCCAGCCUCCUUGCUCACUUAGAGAACAGCAACCCUUCCAGCAUCCAUCAUUUUGAGAACAUACCAAACAGCCUUGCGUUUCUGCUUCCCUUCCAGUAUAUAAACCCCGUCUCAGCCCCGCUGUUAGGGUUGCCUCCCAAUGGGCUGCUGUUAGAGCAGCCUGGACUGAGGUUGCGGGAACCCAGCAUUUCAACUCAGAACGAGUACAAUGAGAGCAGUGAGUCGGAAGUAUCCCCCACACCUUAUAAGAGUGACCAGACACCCAAUAGAAAUGCCCUGACGAGUAUUACUAACGUGGAGCCUAAAACUGAGCCAGCUUGUGUCUCCCCUAUUCAGAAUUCUGCCCCAGUCAGUGACCUAAGCAAAACUGAACACCCAAAAAGCUCCUUCCGGAUUCAUCGUAUGAGAAGAAUGGGGUCAGCCUCGAGGAAAGGAAGAGUGUUCUGUAAUGCGUGUGGGAAGACCUUCUAUGACAAAGGUACACUCAAAAUUCACUAUAAUGCUGUCCACCUGAAGAUUAAACAUCGAUGUACCAUUGAAGGUUGCAACAUGGUCUUCAGUUCCCUUCGAAGCCGGAAUCGCCACAGCGCAAAUCCCAACCCCCGCCUUCACAUGCCUAUGCUAAGGAAUAACCGAGACAAAGAUUUGAUUCGGGCUACGUCAGGGGCUGCCACUCCAGUCAUAGCUAGUACAAAAUCAAAUCUCACACUCACAAGCCCUGGCCGGCCCCCAAUGGGUUUUACCACUCCUCCACUGGACCCCGUCUUACAGAACCCUCUCCCUAGCCAGUUGGUAUUUUCUGGGCUAAAGACUGUACAACCAGUUCCUCCUUUUUAUAGAAGUUUACUUACUCCAGGGGAAAUGGUGAGUCCUCCAACCUCCCUCCCAACCAGUCCCAUCAUCCCAACCAGUGGUCCCAUAGAGCAGCACCCUCCUCCACCCUCUGAGCCAAUAGUGCCAGCAGUGAUGAUGGGCACUCAUGAGCCCAGUGCUGACCUGGCACCUAAGAAAAAGCCUAGGAAGUCAAGCAUGCCUGUAAAAAUUGAGAAGGAGAUCAUUGAUACAGCGGACGAGUUCGAUGACGAAGAUGAUGACCCUAAUGAUGGUGGAACUGUGGUGAAUGACAUGAGCCAUGACAAUCACUGUCAUUCCCAAGAGGAGAUGAGCCCAGGCAUGUCUGUGAAGGACUUCUCUAAGCAUAGUAGGACCCGGUGCAUUUCAAGAACUGAAAUAAGAAGGGCUGACAGCAUGACAUCUGAGGACCAGGAGCCCGAGCGGGACUAUGAGAAUGAGUCUGAGUCCUCAGAGCCUAAACUUGGUGAGGAAUCCAUGGAAGGGGAUGAGCACAUUCACAGUGAGGUGAGCGAAAAAGUCCUGAUGAACAGCGAGAGGCCUGAUGAGAACCACAGCGAGCCGUCUCACCAGGACGUCAUCAAGGUAAAGGAAGAAUUCACAGACCCCACUUACGACAUGUUUUACAUGAGCCAGUAUGGACUGUACAAUGGCGGGGGGGCCAGCAUGGCUGCCUUGCAUGAAAGUUUCGCAUCGUCUCUGAAUUAUGGAAGCCCUCAAAAAUUCUCCCCGGAAGGUGACCUGUGUUCUAGUCCAGACCCCAAAAUCUGUUAUGUGUGCAAGAAGAGCUUCAAAAGCUCCUACAGUGUGAAGCUUCACUACAGGAACGUUCACUUAAAAGAGAUGCACGUCUGCACAGUGGCUGGCUGCAAUGCUGCCUUCCCCUCUCGACGAAGCAGAGACAGACACAGUGCCAACAUAAACCUGCAUCGUAAACUGUUGACCAAAGAACUCGAUGACAUGGGCCUGGACUCAUCGCAGCCCUCCCUCAGCAAGGACCUCCGGGAUGAAUUUUUAAUGAAGAUCUAUGGUGCCCAGCACCCUCUGGGGCUCGAUGUCAGGGAAGAUGCCUCCUCUCCCGCAGGGACAGAAGACUCCCACCUGAAUGGGUAUGGGAGAGGCAUGGCGGAGGACUACAUGGUCCUUGACCUGAGCACCACCUCCAGCCUCCAGUCCAGCAGCAGUAUCCACUCCUCCAGAGAAUCAGAUGCAGGCAGCGACGAGGGGAUUCUUCUCGAUGACAUUGAUGGGGCCAGUGACAGUGGGGAAUCCGCACACAAGGCUGAGGCUCCCACCCUCCCUGGCAGCCUAGGGGCUGAAGUUUCUGGAUCUCUUAUGUUCAGCAGCUUGUCUGGGAGCAAUGGUGGGAUCCUGUGCAACAUUUGCCACAAAAUGUACAGCAACAAGGGGACCCUGAGGGUCCACUACAAAACUGUGCAUCUGCGAGAGAUGCAUAAGUGCAAAGUCCCGGGCUGUAACAUGAUGUUUUCCUCUGUGCGAAGCCGGAAUCGGCACAGUCAGAACCCUAAUCUCCACAAAAACAUUCCCUUCACUUCAAUAGAUUAG